AAAUGUAUGGACGACCCCAAACUCAAGUGGCUGACGCAAACGGUCUGCCAACUGGAGGCGUUGUGGGAGGUGGUGGACAAGAAGAUAAUCCCGUCCAUACCAAGGGCGAAGAUACUCUUCCGCAUCGCAAUCCAAGGGGACCGUGCGCUGAGGCUGCUACAGCGGCUGAACCCAGACGUGCUAACUGCGAACUGGAAGAUCCUGCACAUUGGGAGCCCACUACCCCAGGAGGGGGGACAAAGUGCGAUGCUCCAAAUCAGCAAGGAGGUAGAGGACCUGCUGUACCCCAGAUUCGAUAAGAUGGCGUGAGGCAUGGGUAGUGAAUACCUUCGCCUCAAAAAGCGCCACCCCGACGACAAUGCUGUGGCCGGACUAAAGUCCUCCAAUUAUAACCUUUUCCACUCACCAUCGCACUGACGACCUGACUGCGGUGAUGCUAGAAAGCGAGGA